UUCUCUAUGAUGACCAGGUAUGGGUAGAUGGUAUUGCUUGAACGCGGUUUGUAAACUUCUCUGUUGACGGAACCACUUUAUUUUUCCUUUCUUUAGAAGGAAGUUACUUGAUUGCUUAUGGAUCAACCUCGUCGUUUGCAGUUCGUAAUUCUAAUUCCCUUCACCUCUCACCGUUUCGUCUCGAAGCACUCCUGAACGCGGUGUUUCAAUUAAGAUACAUACCCAACGUAAUCAAAUUACCAGCAAAAUGCCUCAGUUUGCUAGUAAAGAUGAAGAGAUAACAUACUGGAAGGAGCGCAGUGAUGAGUUAGAUAAAGAGUUGGAAGAAUUCCGUGAGCAAUCUCACAUGUUAGAGAAAGAACUCGAAGCAUCGUUGGAGCAAGCAGACAGAACUAUCAGAGAUUUACGGAUCAGGAAUAAUCGAUUGCAGCUUGAAAACGACACCCUUCGG